UGGAGACAUGCGUGUUUGCCCGCACCCGCGGAGCCACGCCCGGGUCCCCGGCCUAAAUUUGGAAAAGUCGCCGGGCUCAGGGCCGUGGCGGCCGUGAUGGGAAAUGCGAAAUGCUGGGGUUCAAGCCGGGGGCCGGGGGCGGCUCAACCGUCACCAGGACCUACGGGAAAAGUGUCUGCAGCCCCCAGAUGGUGGCUUUGACUUAUCUGACGCCCUCGGUGAUGACAACGACAAGAAACCCACAGACAUCCCCAAGAAGCCCAGCGAUGGAGACCCGGCUCCGCCCAGGCCCAGGCCGCAGCCGGACCCCAGGCAGCCCGGGUCGGCCGGCGGAUUCUCGGAUUCGGACCUGGUGGACGGCACGGCUGGUGGACAAGGAGAUGGUCAUGGAGGAGGUGGCAGAAGUCCCAGGAAUGAGGACCAGGAUGCCACCCCGCAAGGUGUGAUCCCCGGCAUCAUUGGCGCCGUCGUGGUCGCCGUGGCUGGCGCCAUUUCCAGCUUCAUCGCCUACCAGAAGAAGAAGUUCUGCUUCAAAGAAAGCGAUGCCCCGAAGACCUAGGGUGGAGCGGAGCAGCCCCGUGGCGUCCCCCGCGUCCCCCCCGCCCGCCAUCCCGGCUUUGCCUCGCUGGCAACCGGCCACCGAGUGACCCGAGUGUCUCUGGUCCCCUCGCUCGCCUCCCUGGCGGGGUUUCGCGCUCUCCCGCUGCCCCCCACCCCGGCUCGUUCUAGACCACAUCCUACCGCAGCGCCAAGGCAGACGCUUUUUGUUUUUCAGUCAUUUAAUUCCCUGCGCGGCCAGGGCCGACCUCGAGCUCGCGACCCGAGUGCUGGGAUUACAGGCGUGCGCGGCGGUGCCUGGCCACGGCGUCGCUUCGGACUCAGACCCGAGGCAGAGGCCGACGGCCGCCAUAUUCCACGGUAUUUUGUGAUGUGCUUCUCCCUCUUCUUCCCGCGAGCCGUGACCUGCCUCGGUUUCUCCAGAUAGAUUUAGGACCCCAGCAAGGAAGUCGUGGGGCGACCUGAGGAUGUCUAGGCCUGCGCGUGCGGCUGGGGUUGGUUGUCUCCCCGUGGCGGUCGCCUUCUCGGACCAGGCCCUGUGGUCUCGGAAGGAGGCCCGAUGGGUUCUGAGCUCAUCCAGCAAGCCAGUUUUGUGCGGGAUCCAGGCUGUGCGGUCUCUGUGCAUCCAGAAAUGUCAAUCCAUCGUGGCCUCUGUCCUAGUCAACCAGUCAUGGACUCCGUCCUAGUCAAUCCAUGGCAGACUCCGUCCUAGUCAAUCCAUUGUGGGCUCUGUCCUAGUCAAUCCAUGGUGGACUCUGUCCUAGUCAAUCCAUUGUGGACUCUGUCCUGGUCAAUCCAUGGUGGACUCUGUCCUAGUCAAUCAGUCAUGGACUCUGUCCUAGUCAACCAGUCAUGGACUCCGUCCUAGUCAAUCCAUGGCAGACUCCGUCCUAGUCAAUCCAUGGUGGACUCUGUCCUAGUCAAUCCAUUGUGGACUCUGUCCUGGUCAAUCCAUGGUGGACUCUGUCCUAGUCAACCAGUCAUGGACUCUGUCCUAGUCAAUCCAUCAUGGCCUCUGUCCUAGUCAACCAGUCAUGGACUCUGUCCUAGUCAAUCCAUGGCGGACUCUGUCCUAGUCAAUCCAUGGCGGACUCUGUCCUAGUCAAUCCAGUCAUGGACUCUGUCCUAGUCAACCAGUCAUGGACUCUGUCCUAGUCAAUCCAUGGCGGACUCUGUCCUAGUCAAUCCAUCGUGGACUCUGUCCUAGUCAAUCCAUUGUGAACUCUGUUCUAGUCAAUCCAUGGCGGACUCUGUCCUAGUCAAUCCAUGGUGGACUCUGUCCUAGUCAACCAGUCAUGGACUCUGUCCUAGUCAAUCCAUGGCGGACUCUGUCCUAGUCAAUCCAUCGUGGACUCUGUCCUAGUCAAUCCAUUGUGAACUCUGUUCUAGUCAAUCCAUGGCGGACUCUGUCCUAGUCAAUCCAUUGUGAACUCUGUCCUAGUCAAUCCAUGGCGGACUCUGUCCUAGUCAAUCCAUCGUGGACUCUGUCCUAGUCAAUCCAUGGUGCACUCUGUCCUAGUCAAUCAAUCCCCAAUGCAGUGUUACUCAAUCAAUUAUGAAUAUACUGUUAGUCAAUCAUGGACGCAGACCUAGUCAUUUCUUCCUGGACUCUGUCCUAGUCAACCAUUCACAAAUUCACUGUUAGUCGGUCCAUCACAUAUGUACCGUUAGUCAGUCAAUCAUGGAUGCAGGCCUUCAGUCAAUCAGUCCUGGAUUCUGUCCUACUGAGUCAGUCAUGGACACGGUGUCAGUCAGUCAACCGUGGAUGCAGAUGAUUCCGUCCUAGAAAAUCCAUCAUGGACUCUGUCCUAGCCAAUCAGCCAUGGAUCCUGUCCUAGUCAAUCAGUCCUGGAUGCAGUGCUCGCCCCUCAGUUAUGCGUGUUCUGUUAGUCGAUCAAUCAUCGGUGCACUGUCAGUCAGUCAAUCGUGCAUUCUGUCCUCGUCAGUCAAUCCUGGACGCAGGCCUCGUCCCCAGAUGGGAUUUCAAGAUGGCGCCAAGCCGCGUGUCACCCUCGUUUAUCCGAUGUUUGUGAGCCUGACAGGGAAGGUCUGUCCGUCUCUUGCUCGAGACCAGUUUUGUCCCAUUUUUGUGCAAUGUUGGCCUUGGGUGACUUCUGAGUCACUGCGAUGUGGGUUUUUUAGGGAAAAGGAUCCAACGUGGCCCAGCGGACGGUGUGCAUCACAUCUGGGUGUCCGUUCUCCUCUGGGUCGGUCUGUCCAUCUGUGGGGUCGGCACCGUGACCCCAAGUGUACAUAGCGUCUCCCAUGUCCUCUGCAUGAAUUUUGCAAAAAUCCACGUUGUCCGAGAGUCAUCAACAAACCUCCUUCCCGGCGACGUCGGCUCCUCCGUGUCACCCACCAGCUUGUGGCCCUUGCAUCCCUUCCCCGGCCGAGCAGAAAUAAAACGUUGGCAAAACCUUUGACGUCCUGUGUUGUCACCUCGUGUCACGCGUCACGCGGGGAGGAACCGAGAAUGCUGGUUCAAAUCUGACCUUUGGGAUUUGGAUGCAGGACUAGUCAAUCAUCAACCAGUCUGGGAUGCGGUG